GCAGCAUAUCUCAACACUAUGCGGGAUAUCCACCAACGCUGGAACAAUCAUUUAACCCCAUAUAUCCCAGUCACGCUAUCUGCAGUCAGUCAAUCGGGAGCCUCCGCCGCCCGUUGAUCUCAUGUCAAAACUCCACUACUAUGAGAAUUGUGAUGUUGCACAAUGGCACCAUUGCAUACGUAUCCCACCAGACGCCUUUUGGGAGGAUGUUGAUGCCAUAAAGGACCACCACAUCUUCCAGAAUAACUCCAAUAACCGCCAAAUGGAGGUUGAACUUCAGCUUGCCAUCCACCUCUAUCGUGCAGGGCGCUAUGGCACAGGUGCAGUGGGCUCAGAAAUCGCAUACUGGGCUGGUGUGUCUCUUGGUACCAUCUACAACUGCUCCCGGCGCUGCAUGAUUGCCCUACUAUCCCUCCAUGACGAUGCAAUUGUAUUCCGGGAUGAGGCCCAGGUAGAGGGUGCAAAGGCCUGUGCAGAAAAGAAGGCUGGGACAGAGACAUGGAGAAAUGGCUUUCUGUCUGCGGAUGGGACCCCAAUCAAGCUAUUCACAAGGCCGGGAUGGUUUGGAAAUGACUUCUAUGGGAAGGACAAAAUCUAUGCUCUG